GAUCCGCACCGCCAGACGCCAGAGAGCUCAGGGCUCCAGGCGCAUCCACUGCGCUGUCACAUGGGCGGUGGCGACGGGGCCGCAUUUAAGCGGCCGGGGGACGGCGCCCGCCUCCAGCGCGUCCUCGGGCUUGGAUCCCGCCGGGCACCCAGCUCUCUGCCCGCCAGGGGCCCCGCGCCACCCCUGCCGGGCCAUGCGAGCGCGGGCCCCGCCGCGAUGAGCUCGCAUAUCGCCAAAAGCGAGUCCAAGACAUCGCUCCUGAAAGCGGCGGCGGCGAGCGGGGGCAGCCGGGCUCCCCGCCACGGCCCAGCCCGGGAGCCGGGGCUGCCCGGCCGCCGGCUGCACAGCGCCUGUCCGAGCACGCCGCCGCCCGGGGACCCCAGUUCGCGGAGGCCCCUGUGCCGGCCAGCGCCGCGGGAGGAGGGCGCGCGGGGGAACCGGCGCGGGCUGCCUGCGGAGCACGGCAGGCCCCGGGAGGCGCUGCCGGCCGUGGCGCCCCGACCUUCGCCGCCGUCCCCUCUGCAGCCGGCCCGUGGGCGGGAUGGGGAGGAACGGGGACCGUCCCCGGCGCUCGGCCUCCGGGGCUCUCUGCGAGCCCCUGGCCGUGGGGACUCCACUCCAGCCAAUGUGUCGGAGGCGGACCCGUUCCUCCACCAGCUGCGCCCCAUGCUCAGCUCCGCCUUCGGCCAGGACAGAUCACUGCGACCAGAGGAGAUUGAAGAGCUCCGAGAAGCCUUCAGAGAAUUUGACAAGGACAAGGACGGCUACAUCAACUGCCGGGACCUUGGCAACUGCAUGCGCACCAUGGGCUACAUGCCCACGGAGAUGGAGCUCAUUGAGCUGUCUCAGCAGAUCAACAUGAACCUGGGUGGCCAUGUGGACUUUGAUGACUUCGUGGAGCUAAUGGGACCAAAACUCCUGGCAGAAACAGCAGAUAUGAUUGGAGUAAAGGAGCUGCGAGAUGCUUUCCGAGAGUUUGACACCAAUGGUGAUGGGGAGAUAAGCACCAGUGAGUUACGAGAAGCCAUGAGGAAGCUCCUAGGUCAUCAGGUGGGACACCGAGACAUAGAGGAAAUUAUCCGUGAUGUGGACCUCAAUGGGGAUGGACGAGUGGACUUUGAAGAGUUUGUCAGGAUGAUGUCCCGCUGAGACGGCAAGGACGCACCUCCAGGACUGCCAAGCUCCCACUGGCGGGAGAAGAGGAGCCGGAGAACGCCUCAUCCCGCCGCAGCCGCCGAGAGCCCAGGAUGGACUGGCGGACGGGGCCUGCCUGCACCCCGGACCCCUACCCCUCCGCACUGUGAAAGACUCACAACUCCUGCAACUGGAAAAGGGGGCGCCCGCCAAUGAGGAGGCACAGUGCCAAGCUGGCCGAGGUCAUGUCAGGCGCCAUGUGCCAUGUGCCCAGUUGCUGCUGGCUGAGUGGGCCCGGGAGCCCGCCAGCAGGCCCCACACAGCAUGUCCGCCCCGGGGUAAAGCCUCAUGCCACCCUCCUUAGCUCGGUGCCCAUCCCAGCUCGCCUCAGCCCUGUUAUCUCAGAACCAAUAAAUAUGCUUCCUUGAAGA